UACACAAUCGAGAGUUCAUUCGGUGCGGCACUGAUGUAUCGUCGGUGCAAUUUUUUGUAUACGAUCGGCGAAGUAAACAGUAAACAGUGUGGAACACGACUGGAUUUCAAUGAUAACUUCACUGUUAUGAAGACACUCAGAAUUGAAUGUAAAGCAGUAAUUAACAGUCCUUGCCCUGAGCCACCGAAACGCCAUCCGCCACCACUGUGCGGACAAAUUGAAGCGUUCAACUAUAACAUCAUCAGUAUCGUUACGGAUAGCAAUAAUUCGGAUGAGGAAAAUGUCACGAUUGGUGUAACAUUCCGUUCAACUCUGGAUGUCAACAAACAACCACUGUACUUUGUUGCUUUUUACGGAAAUGCGCGACAAUUUGAAAGACAAAUCGAUGUGAGUUCGUUGAAAUGA